AUUUCUGUUGAAAACACCAUCGAUAAUGCUGCCUGCCCACCAGGAUUUAAAUACACUGAUGAAUUCAUAUAUGGCCAUGGUGUACAAAAGCCAGAUCCUAGUUUCUCGAGCAGAUGUGAGUGUGGGCCAGGGGAAUGCAGUAUUGAAAACAAAUGCCCUUGUAUGGCAGAGGCAGAGAUGGAGAACGCUUUCAGAUGUUUGCCCUUUGAACGGGACGGCCGUGUAUCAGUACAUGCGGACAAGGUGUUGUACGAAUGUCACUCAGAAUGCGGCUGUGGACCGACUUGCAUCUCCAGAGCAUCGCAACAGGAUCGUAAGUUUGCCAUGAAGAUCAAGAGGUUUCCUGUGAAAGGGUGGGGCGUCGUUCUGGAUCAAGACGAACCCAUCCCUCCACGAACCUUUGUUGCCAGGUAUACAGGAGAAAUCAUCACAAACCAGGAGGCAGAGGUUCGUGGACGUGUCUAUGAUAAAGAAGGCGCAACCUGGCUUUUUGACUUGGACUACAACACAGAAAAAGAAGCCAAGUAUUCAAUCGAUGCCUCGACUUAUGGCAAUGAGACCCACUUUUUCAAUCACUCUUGUGAUCCAAAUCUUUCGGUACACAUGCUCAUGAGCGGACAAACAGCAGGAGAUUUAGAUAUGAUGACUCUUAGCUUUUGGUCAAACAGAUUGAUAAAGCGAGGAGAUGAACUGACCUUCGAUUAUAAUGGA